UUGUUCAGCAUAGGAAAGUCCACGGAACUUCAGCCGGGUACCAUCCCUCACCACGCGGACGACACGCCACCCUGUGCUAGAUUUCAUAUUAUCGUCGCUGACGACCGGUCUUAAAGUCCUCCAUCCGUGUGCCCAUAGCCCCCUGCCUACCAUCCCCGUACACCGGUUUGUGUGGAUCGUAGCUGUCGCCAACGAUGCCCAACACAUUUACCUCAGUCGUGCAGUUCUCGCAUAUUCAAGCUACAAAAGUAUCCAAGUGUCAAAGACUUAGGGUGCAGGUUUCCCUAGACGGCGAGGUGCAAGAAUCGCAGGAGAGUAUCAUGGAUGACGGUAUACACGAAUGGCGGGAACCGUUCUCCUUUCAUGCCGAUUCCAGCUCACAAUGUGAAAUCAACCUCAUAGCCAUGAAAAAGAACUUUUUUUGUUGGUCGUGUGGCUACAAAACUGUUCGCAAAACGCGUCUCCACACCCUUGCCGACUUGUUUGACGCGAGCAACAAUGGGGUGGUUAAACUUCCAUUGUUCGAUUCAAAAGCAGACAAAAACGGGGUUAUAACGGGAAACGUCAUAUUCAUGAUCGCAAACAAGCCUCUCGCCAAGCGGUCAAAUACACGUGACAUGGAUUCUCUCAGGGUAUCGGGGACAGCAUCAGUGCAGGCCUCCCCCUUCGAGAUGGUGGUUUCGGAAAAGCUUCCAUCGGUGGAAGCUGAGUUAGAACUUACCGGGAAUGGGACACGCUCGCCACCCCCUGAGGCUCCCACGCUUAACGUGUCACCCCUGCCCUUAGCUUCACGCUACGCAUCGUAUGCCUCUCCGCAGCCAUCGCCAUCCGGCGUGCCUUCGCCUGAUGUCCCCACCCCGCGGCAUCUCGUCAUUCCCCCUAUUCUGCCCCCAGACCCACACUCUCAAUUACCUCAGUCGGCAACAGUUCCAUCUCCCACUUGGCCUGGGGUUGAUCAGUUGCCGGUUAGAAUCCAGGCUCACGGCGACCCAAGUGGACGGCUCUCCGAUGUCGCUACUUCAGACCGUUCUCCUCUGGCCGCACUUCCUUCCUUCGAGCGAGAGAACUUAGGCUCACCAGAAUCUGCAACCUUUACUGGUGUAUUGUGUGAACCUCCGGAUGACUUCAUUCCUGAUGUGGCCGUAAUACCUUGUGCAGAACCGCAGGACGCAAUCGGACCCAUUAAUAUCAUCAUAUCCUCUUCGUCACGCAGUGGUUCCCCCCUUUCCCCUCCCGGUGGACCUGAGAGCAGCAGCAAAAGGUCUCAUGUGGUCUCCGGUUUCCUUCACGUAGAUACUAGGGCAACAAGCACCGAGUCCUUGGACCGGGCCGGUGGACAUUCAUCCACCACCAGUUCGCAGCCCACGACGUCUACCACUCAUACCAGCGACAUCAUCUCUCCGUUUUCCCGCACUUCCGUAUUGGGCACACCCAGCACCGCUGCAACUAGCCCUUCGUCCCCUUCCGUAAAGCUACCCACUUCUCCCGCGAGACAGCACAAACAACUACCCAAAAUCGACACCAGCUGCGCAGGUCCGAGAGGCCAAGUGAGAAAGUACACGGUACCACCUGUCAAUUCCCCUACUAAACUGCGUAACGCAUCGCUCGACCUUCCUCGUCAGGAGCUAUCCGAGAGGUUGGAGUACAAUCCCUCCACGUAUUCCAUCCCCCCGUCCGUUUCUUCUCGCAACUACAAACCACCCUCGGAAAGAUGUCCAUCCACGCAACGCCCCGCCAGCAGACAAGGUUUUCAAGCUAGCCCUCGUGCUACGAGCAUUCGCCGAAAACAACUCGAAUACGAUGACAACCAGAUAUGUCUCGACACAGCCAACCCGAACGAGCAGGAAGUUGCAGCUUUCUUCCAAGAAGUCGACGCCGCAUUGUCUGCAAUGUCAACUCGCUCUGUAGCCGUGUCUUCAGACGGACCCGCUUACUUGAGCGUUCCCAACACCGGCAGAGCAUCCGGUCCCCAGAGCCGUCGGCCUUCACGUCAGCAGUUACGCGGCGACUUUAUGACCCACGCUAUGAACCAAUCUUCGCAUCCUGACUGUCCGCCUUCGCGAUUCGCAACGCCGUUGUUGGGACCAAUGGGUGACUCGUGCAGCCUUUUUGUCCCGCAGAACAUUUCACGCCCGAAACUUAUACACUCCUGUUCGGAUGUUAACUCUGGCACAGGACCGCUGAUUUUUGUGGAAUGUAACGACGAGGAAUCCACUACAUUGGUUGCAGGGUCAAGGACGAACAGCCGACCACAAGGCAUGUUUCGAGUACCUUCCGAUCUUGUAUCGCAAGGUACAUCCCCACGGCGACCUUCGCGUUAAAACAUUGCCGUUCAACAGUUGUUUCCUGCGCUUGUAGCGGCGGUUUCUUUCCGAAUCAUGUUUGCAUACCUGACCCUCCCUUCGGCGAUGUCAACGGUAAUGAAAACUUUGUGGAAUACGCGGACAUCGAAAACAACCGUCUUCCGAAUCCCCACAUAGUUCGUACAUACCAUCUCCGUUCAGUCCCUGCAUCAGAGAAACGAUUUCUGGAGAUAUGCACAGAAGCUGCCUGUAUUAUGAAGGGAAGGUGUGCUUUCUUCUGAUAUGCCCGCCUGUCGUGUUUAACCUUAGCCCGGUGCUAAAGCUUUAUCUAUACAAUUAUCUGGACGAUCACUGUAUUGUAACACACCUCUUAACUACUAAGUAAUUUGCGACCAGUGUAACAUAUCUACUCGUGUACUUGUAAUAUCAAUUUGAAGACUAGUCCGAACUGAUCACGAGUACACUC